CGCCCCGCGCGUUCACGAUACCGGCACACUAGCUGCAUGAUGGCCGAGGGAGGCGGACCCGAGUCGGGCGGCGCGGCAGACUCUGACUCGGAGCUGGUGGCCGCACAAAUGCCAACACCGUCAACUGAAAGCCAAAAACAGAUUAUUGGCUCACUUUUGAAAACAACUUUAAGAAAAGGCGAGGAAUGGUAUCUGGUUGACAGCCGGUGGUUCAAACAGUGGAAGAAGUAUGUGGGUUUUGACAGCUGGGACAUGUACAAUGUUGGAGAACGCAACCUCUACCCAGGACCAAUUGAUAACUCCGGGCUGUUUUCAGACCAGAAGACUCAGGCCUUGAAAGAGCACCUUAUUGAUGAGCUGGACUAUGUCCUUGUACCAACGCAGGCAUGGAAUAAGCUUGUCAGCUGGUAUGGUUGCCUGGAAGGCCAAAGACCCAUUGUCAGGAAGGUGGUGGAACACGGCAUGUUUGUUAAGCAUUGCAAAGUGGAAGUGUAUUUUCUGGAGUUGAACUUGUGUGAGAAUGACAACAUGGACAGUGUGGUCACACGUCAUUUCAGUAAAGCAGAUACUAUAGAUACUAUAGAGAAAGAGAUGAGGACGCUGUUCGAUAUCCCAUCAGAGAAGGAGACGCGCCUCUGGAACAAAUAUAUGAGCAACACAUAUGAGCAGCUGAACAAACCAGACAGCACAGUACAGGAUGCUGGUCUCUUCCAGGGUCAGGUGCUUGUGAUUGAAUGUAAGAAUGAGGAUGGCACAUGGCCGAGACAAGUCUCACAUCCCAAAUCCAGCACAGCUCUAUCCAGGAAUUUUACUACCUCCCCCAAACUCUCCACUAACUCGUCAGCCAGUAUCUCCGCAACAGUAACCAACGGUGACAGUAGCUGUAACCCUGGUUACACGCUUAACAACAGCACGUACUCUGGAAACCGAUUGGGGGGCUACAAUUCAUACAGUUCCUCCUACAACUACAGAGAGUCUCAGUCGCAGCCUGGUCUGUGCGGUCUGAGUAAUUUAGGAAACACAUGCUUCAUGAACUCUGCUCUUCAGUGCCUGAGCAAUGCAUCUCCACUCACAGAGUACUUCAUGAAUGACCAGUACGAGGCGGAGAUUAAUCGAGAGAAUCCCUUGGGAAUGAGGGGCGAGAUUGCAGAAGCCUAUGCUGAUUUAGUAAAGCAGAUGUGGCUCAGCCGCAGCAGCUAUGUUGCCCCACGUACCUUCAAAACCCAGGUUGGACGAUUUGCUCCCCAAUUUUCAGGAUACCAGCAGCAAGAUUCCCAGGAACUGUUGGCAUUUCUGCUUGAUGGACUUCAUGAAGAUCUGAACCGUGUUAAGAAGAAGCCUUACCUGGCCUUAAGAGAUGCAGAGGGCCGUCCAGAUGAGAUUGUUGCAAAAGAAGCAUGGACAAAUCAUCGUUUGCGCAAUGACUCAAUUAUAGUUGAUAUUUUUCAUGGCCUCUUCAAAUCCACUUUGGUGUGCCCAGAGUGUUCCAAGGUGUCUGUAACAUUCGACCCUUUCUGCUACCUCACACUGCCUCUGCCCAUGAAGAAGGAUCGUACUAUGGAAGUUUUCUUGGUGCGAUCCAACCCUCAGUCUAGACCCACACAGUAUCGAGUUGUGUCCCCAAAUUUGGGCGCGGUGACGUUGUGCAGCGCCCUGUCCAAACUCUGUGGAAUACCUCCAGAAAAUAUGGUUGUGACUGACGUUUACAAUCACAGGUUCCUACAAAAUUUACAGAGAGAGGAUGGUCUCAGCCAGAUCAUGGAAAAAGAUGACCAUCUUUGUAUGAGGUACAGGAGGGAAGACAGUGAGCGGAUGAACUUGCCUAUAUAUUUCAGGGAGCGUCACUUCAAACAUGGUGGAAGCACAGGCACCAUGCUGUUUGGCCAGCCUUUACUUACCACCGUGCCCAGACACAACCUCCAAGCAGAUGUUCUGUAUGAUAAGAUCUCAAGAGGAUUGGGUGAGAAACUACUCCUACGAUAUGUAAAGCACUGUCAGAGCCCCAGUAGUGAAAGCAGAGCUUCAGCCUCCGCCACGUUUGCCAGCUGUAGUCAGGCCCCUGAAUGUUCCACAUCAUCGAGCAUCAAUGCUGGCCUGGGUGGCUGUGGUAGCCCCCUCUCAGAUGGGGCUUCCUGCAGUGCCAGUUCAAGUAAUGGCAGCAACCACUCAGGGACCUGUAAUGAGCCCAAUGGGCUCUAUGACGGUGAGGAGGAAGCUAUGGACCACCAGGUGAGUCCGGAGCCAGAGAAUGGCCAUUCUGAAGAGGAGGAAGAGACUUCAGACUUGGAAAAUGGCCAUAAAGGAGACUCGGCCAAGCUGUGCUCUUCGCCAAACAAGCUCUUCACUUUCAGCAUUGUCAAUUCUUAUGGAACAGCCAACAUAAGCCCAUUGCCUUGUGACGGAAAUUUCCUCAAACUCAAUCCACAUUCGACUGUAGCAAUUGAUUGGGACAUGGAUUCAAAGAAACUGUGUUAUGAUGAACAGGAAGCAGAGGCCUAUGAAAAACAUGAAAGCAUGCUCCAGCCCCAAAAAAAGAAAGCUACUGUGGCUCUGAGGGAAUGCAUUGAGCUCUUUACAACCAUGGAGACACUUGGAGAACAUGAUCCAUGGUAUUGCCCCACAUGUAAGAAACAUCAACAGGCCACAAAAAAAUUUGACUUGUGGUCAUUGCCUCGUAUUCUGGUUGUUCACCUAAAGCGCUUCUCUUAUAACCGAUGUUGGAGGGACAAACUGGACACAGUGGUGGACUUUCCGAUCAGGGAUUUGAACAUGUCCGAGUUUGUGUGCGACCCCAAGGCUGACCCCUACAUAUAUGACCUCAUUGCUGUUUCAAACCACUAUGGAGGAAUGGGAGGCGGUCACUAUACGGCUUAUGGUAAGAACAAGGUGGAUGGAAAGUGGUAUUACUUUGAUGAUAGCAGUGUUUCAUCUGCAUCGGAGGACCAGAUUGUGACUAAAGCGGCGUACGUCUUGUUCUAUCAGCGCAGAGACGAAGAAGCCAAACCUCAGCCUUCUGCCUCGCUAGGGGGAAAUAUGGACGCAUGCGACGACCACAUGGACACAAACUGAGGAGCACUGAUGCAAAAGGACAUGCACUGAGACAUUAUUUGGCAAAUAAAGACACUCGGUCCAACAGGCAAUGCUAUUUUAGUGACGGAAGAUGCCACACAGUUAACAUACCUUCCUCCAUAUUUCAUUUAAUUUUUUUCCCCCCUUGUCUUGUCAGCUGGAGCUGUCAGUCUUGUCUGAAGAUGCACCUGAGAGACUUCCUCCCUGCAGGGGGUAACCACCUGUUUUCGAAGACCGUUUAUUAUAAAGAGGAACGUAAAUGGGUGUAGAGCCUCUUACUGGAUGAACAGUGUUUGACGUGCCCUCAGAUCUAUAAGUAAACAAAUGUCUUUUGCCCACACGAACAGGGGAAAUGAUUUUAAAAAGCCAAAUGUACAUUUUGUUUGAACCAAAGUGUCCCAAUGUAUUUUAUAAAAUGUACUGUCCACUUUCCUUCACGGCGUUAACGGUGAACUGUGCUUCACGUCUGAUAACCCUCCUCUGAUGAGGUACAUCAAACACAUCGUGUCACUCUUACCGGGUCUGUACAGGACUGAUCCAAAGUUCUGCGCUUACGGACCAGCUGCUCCAGGGCCUCUUCACGUGACGGUCCAGCUCAAUAGUCGAGAGUGAUUCCUACAGCUGCUUUGUUUAUUUAUUGUAUUUUUUUUUUUUUUUUUUUUUUUAGAGCUGUCACCUGACUGUGACACGGCACACUUGGGUUAACUGUUGGUCAUGUUUUACACUGAAAGGGUUUUCCAACACUGGUCACUCCUUAAGUGCCUCCACCGUUCCAUGUUUUAUGUUUCUCUCUGCUCCACACACAGCUAACCGGCUCAGUCUCAGCAGAGAGGAGGCUUACAUAGUUAAACUGGGGAGAGAUGGAAACAUUAAGCGUGGAGGUGCUUAGGGCCCAAGCAUGAGAAAUGUUUUGCUGACAGUUCGAAGAAAUUGCAUGAAUUUUUUUUUAUUUUUUUUUUUAGUGAUCUGUGUGACUGAAGUUCUAAUUUUCAUUUAAGGUAUUUCCUAAAUCAAAUAUGACAUUCUGAAAUGUUUGAUUACUGUUUAAAUGUGGAUGCCAUUGCCUCAUUUCUGUUUUCACAAAGAGUUGAAUAAUGAUUCAUCCAUCUUUAUUUGAAUGAUAGAAUUUUAUUUUCUCUGAAAGGGAAGGAAAAUAAGAAAUCUGGAUAUUGGAAAAGCUGCAUUUUUGAUUAGCUGAAGGUGGUGGUGUUAAAAAAAAUAAAACAGCUAAAUGUAAAAUGACUACUGCCAAAUAUGCAUGCCUCCACUUUUGUGAAAGAGGAAGGCUGAUGGUCAAAAUUCAGUUUUUCAUUGAACGGGUCUUUUAUUAAAAAUGAAAUAGAAAUUUGCCUUGUCACGCAUGUAUACUUUUUUUUUUUAUUCUUACCCAGCAUUUGUCAGUCACCCUCAGAGUCAUAGUUAUGAUUUUAGACCACACAUUGUGGCUGAAUGAACAGAUAUGUUUAAUGAACUGUAGUUUUUGUUUCUCCUACAGAUUCUGGAUCUUAAGAUGCUCUUAAUGUUGUACUUUUGGUGAGGAGACACCUGAUUUACAUUCAUAUUAAUGAGUGACUUAAAUUUCAGUGCUUUUGGGAAACGCCUCCUUAGGAGUGUUUGUAAUAUCCUUUCGGGAAGGGAGGCCCUGGUCUGCUGGAGAUGUUUUGAAUCUAAACCUCAGAGGGGUCGUGUUGUUUGAACGUUCUGACCUUUGUCUGCCAGUAACAGUAACUGUAGCUGUUUUCCGGCCAUGCUUUUUGUUUAUCAUCACUUUUGGUUUUGGAAACUUGGCAUGGCAGGUCUGCUGUGUCUCAAACCCUCAACUUUAGUAUAUAUAUAUAUAUAUAUAUUUGGGUCAUCACGAUACAAAAGCGGCCUUUUGAUUCCUGCAUCCUGACUUAAAAGGAGGCACUUUGACUUCUUGGAUAUGAGUGUAUUUACAAAUUGCAGAGUUCUAUGGUUUGGCCUUAGCAUUAAGAUUUCUGGUCUGUCAUACAGUUAAAUGUGUCAAUGAGCAUAUUUUUGAUUGCUGCCUGGUUGGAUCCCAAGCUCACCUGCAAUGGCUUGUCCUCAUUAGUUGUGUACAUUCAUGCAGCUCUGUAUUGAAAUGGCUAUUAUUUGAUAUCUUUAAAGCACACUGAGUGAAUCAUAAAUAAACUAGUAUAAAAGUGGUGCUGUAUUUAUGAGACUUGAACUUAGUCUUAGUUGUGAUGAACAAUGGCCGUUUGUGUUGGCAGGACACCAGGACCUUAACAGCUGGCACUCGCAGCCGAAUGUUUUCCAGUGCCGUUGUGUUAAUCCAUGACUUUUCAAGAAAAUGCGCCCUCAUAUAAUUUCUUAUUUAUGGACAGUUAUUUUGCAAAGCGAAAACAUGACUUUAUAUUUAUUAAUCCAAAUCAGAUGGUUGUCAUGAUGUUUUAUUUCCAUAAAAUGGAGCUCUUGCUCUGUGGCGUAAAUUAACGGCGUCAGCUUACGUUGGUCAGUUUGUCCUGCCGUCACCCUCUGAUUGCCUAAAUAUUUAUGCUGUGUGUGAGAACAGCUUUGCCGUUGAAUCUGUCAUCCCAGACAUUUAGUUGAAAAUCAAAUUGGACUCGUGAUUGCGAGUCUAAUUCAGCCUAAUUUAUGACAGCAAUUCAAAUGAACUGAAGACAUGUAAAUAAUCACACUACUUUAAAUAGGUGUAUAAAUUCUUGUCAUAUUUAUCAUCUUGCCGAUAUGGUCAAUGCAGUAUUUGUUUUGAAUUUAAAUAUUUGAGUUGAAAGUACAAUAAAGACUGGAAGCCUCAA